AUGCAAGAUACCCAGCUCGCACCGCGGGCUCAUUCUGACACACGAUGUUUACACUUUCUUUGUUAUGUUUGUUUCUCUUCAUUACAUUGCGCUGUUUGGAGCACAUUGGCACCCCGGUCCGGAACUUAUUCUUCAUCCCGGGCCUGUUCUUUCCUACUGUAA